GGUGGUGCUAUUUGAAUCACCACUUUUGGAUGGAGCAAAACCCUCUUUCCCUCAAAACCCUUUCAUUUUCCCCUCCCUUGGCGGCUGAAACGACUUGACCCCCCCCGUCUGAACUAGGGUUUUAGAUCCGCUGAUGGCCGCCGUCGCUCCUCCCGCAGAUCAAGCUGCAGAUUUUCUGCAAAAUUUAUCAUUGGAUUCUCAUGCCAAGGCCCUAGAAGUACCUCCUGAGACCGCAAAGAAGCCUGCUGUUGAUUCAUUUAAAGCUGCAAAUAGCCAGAUCCAGUCGACCGAACGUUCUAUGACCCCUUCAUUGCAGGAGUGCGUGGAUCCAGCGAUGUGCUAUCUCCCCAGCAGUUAUCCCUCAAAUCCAUAUUACUAUGGAGGUUAUGGAGGGACUGGUAAUGAAUGGGAGGAAUACUCCAGAUAUAUAAACCCAGAGGGAGUUGAAAUGCCUCCCGGAGUGUAUGGGGACAACGGGUCAUUUAUGUACAAUGGUUACGGGUAUGCCUCCUAUGGGCCUUAUUCACCAGCUAGCUCCCCAGUUCCAACAAUGGGACAUGAUGGGCAGCUCUAUGGGGCUCAGCAUUACCAGUAUCCUACUCAAUUUCUCCAGCCCCUAACCCCAAAUAGUGCACCAUACAACCCUACUCCAGCUGCCCUUCCCAAAGGAGAAAUCCCCACUGCUGCAUCUGCUGACCAAGCACCUUUGUCUGUGGAUAUUGCUAAGGGAAACUCAAGCAGCAUUACCACCAAUGGUGCUGUAAAGGGAAAGGUUGGUUCAGUACCCGCAAAACAAAAGUAUCAGAACUCGUCUUUUACUUCAAAUAGUUCCUAUGGAAGGGGUGGUUUUCCUGCAUCAGGUUUUCAAGAUCCAAGAACUGCCUUCGAUGGUAUGAAGUCUCCUAACCCAUGGUUGGAUGGCUCAAUGUUUUCAGAUGUGUAUUCUUGGCCUGUGACCAGCACAUCGAUGGCUUCAUCGAGAUCACAUGCAAAUAAUGCGCCAGCAUCAAGGAAUCAGAAUCUUCGUCCUCAUUCUCAUCUCACUGGUUUGCACCAACAGAGCAUGGGCACCACUAAUGGAUAUACGAACAAUAUAUACUCCAACAAGUUAUAUGGCCACUAUGGAAGCACCUUUAGAACUGGUUUUGGUUUUGGAUCUAACGCUUAUGACUCACGGACAUAUGGACAUGGGUGGUUGUCUUUUGAUAACAAGUACAAAUCCCGGGGGCGAAGCAGUGGUGUCUUUGGUUACGGAAAUGAGAACAUAGAUGGUAUGAAUGAGCUGAACAGGGGACCAAGAGCCAAGAGCUCCAAGGACCAAAAGGGUUUUGUUACAACUGUGCCCUUGGCAGUGAAGGGGCAGAACAUCCCAUUGAAUGGAACUGAUGCGGAUGAGAAGGAUAAGUCUAGUGUGGUUGUGACUCCAGGACAUGAGCAAUACAACAAAGUAGAAUUCCCUGAGAGUUACAGUGAUGCUAAGUUCUUCAUCAUUAAAUCUUACAGUGAGGAUGAUGUACACAAGAGCAUUAAGUAUAAUGUUUGGGCCAGCACACCAAAUGGUAACAGAAAGCUUGAUGCAGCAUACCAGGAGGCUCUGCAGAAGUCUGGUGGCUGCCCUGUUUUUCUUUUCUUUUCUGUUAAUACCAGUGGGCAAUUUGUUGGUGUUGCGGAGAUGAUAGGACCAGUUGAUUUUGAAAACAAUUUCGAGUAUUGGCAACAAGACAAGUGGAACGGUUGUUUCCCUGUGAAGUGGGACAUUGUGAAAGAUGUGUCCAACAGUCUGCUGAAGCACAUAAUCCUUGAAAAUAAUGAGAACAAGCCUGUCACUAACAGUAGGGACACUCAAGAGGUCAAAUUAGAGCAGGGUCUUCAAAUGCUCAAAAUUUUCAAGGAUCAUUCUAGCAAGACAUGUAUCUUGAAUGAUUUUGUUUUUUACGAGGGUCGCCAGAAAACAAUUCAGGAGAAGAAGGCCAAGCAACAGCAGUUUCAGAAGCAGGCAUGGGAAGGAAAGACUUCUGUUGAAAAUGGGGAACUGAAAUCACAGAAGCCUUCGGAGGCUGCAUCUGAUUUCAUUAAGGAGCCUGCUCUGGAUGUUCAAACUAAUGGGGAUGUUAAGCUUUUUGAAAAUGGAUCUGUUAAAAGUACUGGAGACGGGCCAAAGGAUGCUAAAUUGGCCGCAGUGUCGGAGAAAAGGGUUGUGGCAAAUUGUUGCUAGCUUUCGCGUUCUACUUAGGGGGCGGUCUACGAUUCUUUACUGGGGCAAAUUAGUCAAAGAGUAGUCAAAGAGUUGUUGCUGGUUUCAAUUGCUAUACGAAGGCUAACUCUCAAGUUGGACCGCCCUUUGGGAAGCGGCUUUCCAUUUCCCUAUGUGGUUAAGGGGAUUGGGUUCUUUUAAGAAUGAUCAAAAUGUGGACCCCAGUUUUAUCCAGGAUGGGUUGGUUAGGUUCUCUCUUGCUUGUUUCGUUUUUUCGUCUUUUUUCUUGUGGGUUUACUCUAUUUUGGGUUGAAUUGAAGGAUAUGAUUCUCUCGUCUUGUAAAUCUAGUAUCUACUUUGUUGCUAAAGCAGCUAGCUUUUGCCUUUUGUAUUAGUGGAGAGUGCUAGAAUCAAGUUGGGAAAAGUAUGCAUUUUGCAUGGAUUUUUUCUGCUCA